AGAAUCUGAAGGCACCAUGCUUGUGAGCUCCGUCCCCCAAUUUGACAGUGAUGAUUUUGAAUGUAAAAUCCAAGGACUUGAAAGGAAAGCUUCCUACUCACAGCACCAGAAGGACUUCUGAAAGAAAUUGCCCCAGGACUCCCAACUGAUACUAAUUUGUUUGAAGCAUCAUGUGCUGAAAUAAAAAAAAAAAAGAAAGGGCAACCAACCCACCUUUGUGUUAGUGUCCAAGUCACCAUGUUGUUUGCAGCUCUUUGAGCUCUAGAGGCAAAGGGAGAGAGUUGAGAAUCUGAAAAUGAGGCCAUGGACUGGCUCCUGGCGCUGGAUUAUGCUCAUUCUCUUUGCCUGGGGGACUUUGUUGUUUUACAUAGGAGGACAUUUGGUACGGGACAAUGAUCAUCCUGAUCACUCUAGCAGAGAACUCUCCAAGAUACUGGCAAAGCUUGAACGCUUAAAACAACAGAAUGAAGACUUGAGGCGGAUGGCAGAGUCUCUCAGGAUACCAGAAGGUCCCAUGGACCAGGGACCAGCUGCAGGAAGGGUACGUGCUUUAGAAGAACAGCUUUUAAAAGCCAAAGAACAGAUAGAAAAUUACAAGAAGCAAACCAGAGAUGCAGGUCUAGGGAAGGAUCAUGAAGUACUGAGGAGGAGGAUUGAAAAUGGAGCUAAGGAGCUCUGGUUUUUUCUCCAGAGUGAAUUGAAGAAAUUGAAAAAUUUAGAAGGAAGUCAACUCCAAAGACAUGUGGAUGAAUUUCUAUUUGAUUUGGGUCAUCAGGAAAGGUCAAUAAUUACAGAUCUGUACUACCUCAGUCAAGCAGAUGGAGCAGGUGAUUGGCGAGAAAAAGAAGCCAAAGAUCUGACAGAGUUGGUCCAGAGGAGAAUAACAUAUCUUCAGAACCCCAAGGAUUGCAGAAAAGCCAAGAAGCUGGUGUGUAAUAUCAACAAAGGCUGUGGCUACGGCUGUCAACUCCACCAUGUUGUCUACUGCUUCAUGAUUGCAUAUGGCACUCAGAGAACUCUCAUUUUGGAAUCCCAUAACUGGCGCUAUGCUACUGGUGGAUGGGAGACUGUAUUUAGACCUGUAAGUGAGACAUGCACAGAUAGAACAGGCACUACUACUGGACACUGGACAGGUGAGAUAAAUGACCAAAACAUUCAGGUGGUAGAGCUUCCCAUUGUUGACAGCCUUCAUCCACGGCCACCUUAUUUACCAUUGGCUGUUCCAGAAGACCUUGCAGAUCGACUAGUGCGGGUCCAUGGAGAUCCUGCUGUAUGGUGGGUUUCCCAGUUUGUCAAAUACUUAAUCCGUCCACAGCCUUGGUUAGAGAAGGAAAUUGAAGAGGCCACCAAAAAACUUGGUUUCAAGCAUCCAGUAAUCGGAGUUCAUGUCCGACGUACGGACAAAGUGGGGACAGAAGCUGCAUUCCAUCCUAUUGAAGAAUACAUGGUUCAUGUUGAAGAGCAUUUCCAGCUUCUUGAACGCAGAAUGCAUGUGGACAAAAAAAGAGUUUAUUUGGCUACAGAUGAUCCUUCCUUAUUGAAGGAGGCAAAGUCCAAGUACCCAAAUUAUGAAUUUAUCAGUGAUAACUCUAUAUCCUGGUCAGCUGGAUUACACAAUCGAUACACAGAAAAUUCCCUACGAGGUGUGAUCUUGGAUAUACAUUUUCUGUCACAGGCAGAUUUCCUAGUCUGUACAUUUUCAUCCCAGGUCUGUCGAGUUGCUUAUGAAAUCAUGCAGACACUGCAUCCAGAUGCCUCUGCCUACUUCCACUCUUUGGAUGACAUUUACUAUUUUGGGGGCCAGAAUGCCCACAACCAGAUUGCUGUUUAUCCUCAUCAACCACGAACUGCCGAUGAAAUCCCUAUGGACCCUGGAGAUGUUAUUGGCGUGGCUGGAAAUCACUGGGAUGGCUAUUCUAAAGGUGUCAAUAGGAAACUAGGGAGAACAGGCUUGUACCCUUCCUACAAAGUGAAGGAGAAAAUAGAGACAGUCAAGUACCCCACAUACCCAGAAGCUGAGAAAUGAAUUUGCAGGCAAAGAAAUGGAACAAACUCACUCAGUUCAAACUGGUUUGAGCCAAACAGCAUACUAACUAGACUUUGAAUUUAUGUUUUAACCCAGAGUUAAACAAAUGAAAGCCUUCAGGCCUGAGACUGAAUGAACAGCUUCAAACAGAUGGAUGGACCAUCGCUGGAAUUCCUCCUUAACGAACACAUUUUGUUACAAUGCACUUGCCCUGUGCGCAGACCAAUAGCCUACUCACAUGCAAACAGUUGUUUUCUCCCUGGCCCCUUCUUUCAAGGUUCCAUCCCCUUCAUUCAUUAUCAAGUGAGCGUUUGGCCUACACUGUCUCUGUCAUUAAUUGACUAUAAUUCUGACUUUUUAACACUGCCACAUUGUGUAAUUUGAGUGACAUGAACAUAUUUUAUAUGUGUGAGAUUUCAAACAUGGUGCCUAUAUUUGAGAGAUCUGUGUGACCUGUUCAGAAGGACCAAACUCCACUCCCUCUCUUGGUGGGGGAAGAGUUGGUUCUUAACUAUUGGUGGUGCCAUGACCACCAAACCCGCUUUGACCAACAGAUUCAGAAUGAGAAUUAGAUGUUCUUUUCUUUAAAUUUUUUUUUAAGUAAUUGCAUUGAUUCAUCACCUCAUCAUUAAUAAAUGAAGGAUACAUCUGAAAAUAAACUAUUCACCCUCCAUUAGGAACUUUUGUAAAACAAUGCCAUGAACAAAUUCUUUAGUACUUAAUGUUUCUGGACAUUGUCUUUGAU